AUCUUGAGCUUUGUUCGCGGUGAAACUGUUAGUUCCUAACUGUCUCACCAUUUUUCAAACAUGUCUGACCAGCUUUGCAAACUUUUUGUCGGCGGCCUAAACGUGGACACCGACGACGAUGGUCUGCGGAAGCAUUUCGAGCAGUUCGGUACGCUAACCGACUGUGUCGUGGUGGUGAACAAGCAGCUCCAGCGGUCCCGUUGUUUCGGCUUCGUGACCUACUCCACGCCGGAGGAAGCCGACGCAGCCAUGAGAGCUAGGCCGCACACCGUCGACGGCAGCGACGUCGAAGUGAAGCGGGCCGUAGCCAGGGAAGAUGCGAACAAGCCAGAGGCGCUCGCAAAGGUGAAGAAAAUCUUUGUCGGAGGCCUGAAAGACGACAUCGAAGAAGAACACCUGAAUGAGUAUUUCUCUCAGUACGGCCAGGUCGAGAAGGCCGAAGUCAUCUCCGAGAAGGAGACCGGGAAGAAGAGGGGAUUCGGCUUUGUCUACUUCGCUGAUCACGAUGCAGCCGACAAGGCGGUUGUGGUUAAAUUUCACACCGUGAAUGGACACAAAGUUGAGGUGAAGAAAGCCCUGACAAAGCAGGAGAUGCAGGCAGCCGGUAGAGGGGGGAUGCCACCAAGAGGACGCGGCAGAGGCAUGAGGGGAAAUCAAAAUGGCUACAGCACUAGGGACUAUGGGGGAAACUACGGCAGCUACGGAAAUGGCGGAGGCUACGGAAACUGUGGCGGCGGCUACGGUGGUUAUGGCGGACCAUACGGAGGUGGUGGUUAUGGAGAACAGAGCAGCGGCUACGGGGGUGGAAAUGGCUACAACGAGUUCGGCAGCGGGUAUGGUCAGCAUUCAUCCGGGUAUGGUCCAAUGAAGACGAACUUCGGAGGCCCGAGAAACACUGCUCCCUACGCCAGAGGCGGCGGCGGAGGUGGUGGCGGCUACCCAAGGGGUGGUGGAGGAGGCUACGGCGGCUAUUAAAUGAGACUGCACGAUGGAAAAUUCACACCAGCCCAAAACAACCCCUGCCAUUGGUGACCUCCAGCCAGGAUUUGGAAGCCACAAUUCAAAUUCAGAUCGUCUGCCCGUGAAACCCCCACAUCGGCAGACACGGACACAGAGACCCCCCUCUAAUCAUUUUGAAGACCUCAAAGCCCGAACAGGUAGGAAGGUCACUUCCCACAAAGCCUGAUAAUAACGAGCAGCCGAUGUUGCCGUUCAACUAGGACACGUUUCAGAUGGAGAAUAAAACAGUGGUUCUUUAUUAUGUAGUUGUUAAGAGUAUUUUUUAUUUGCGUUCACAACUUUUGAUGUAGGAUUGUUUUUUUUGCUGACCAGUAUAAUAUUUGCAUUUUAAUUAGUUUGUUAUUUGGAGUAAAAUUUAGUGUGAUUUCGAUGUAUGAGGACGAGAAAGCAUGUUUUGUGUUCUGUUUUAUUAGCUGUCAUGAUUAGAGACAUUUGUAUAAUUAUUUUACUUGGGUCAUUCAGCAAAAAGGCGACCACGUGACACAUCAGGAUCCUUUUUUUUCCUUGUUUCCUUCCCUAAAAACUGUUUCUCCUCAUGCGUAGUUCUAGCUUCAACCUUAAAUAUUGUUCAUUUUUCAUUACCUGUAGCAAUAUCUCAUGUAUAUUGUAUACUUUUAUGUCUGGAGAACAAAACCUACUGUUAAAACUCUUUGGUAUGCUUAUGUAUGUUCAUUUUAAAUAAAACGUUCUACCACUUA